AUGCCCUCGCAGCCCCCCAAGAAUAUCGCAAUCGUUGGUGGUGGUAUAGCUGGCGUAUCUACCGCCUACUUUCUCGCUACACACCCCUUGCGCAACUCUUCGACUCGUAUCACCCUCAUCGAAGGCACAAAGAUCGCAGCAGCGGCGAGCGGUUUCAGCGGGGGUUUCUUGGCAAAGGACUGGCAUGGGAGCGCUACCUCAAGUCUGAGCGCUAUGAGCUGGGACCUCCAUGCGAAACUGGCAGAAGAUUUCGGAGGAAAGGAGAAGUGGGGUUACAGGACGGUUGAGACAUUGUCGAUCGAGACGGAUGCCACAAGCAAAUCCAGAAAGCCUUCCCCUCUUCCCUGGCUUCCAAAAGGACUUGUACACUCUGCUCGUCCCAUGGGUAGCCACUCAACGACAGCCCAAGUUACUCCUGGGCUGUUCACCCAGUUCUUCUCUGAGCAAUUUCUUGCUCAGCCCGAGACUUCUUUGGUCAUGGGUACUGUUCAGUCAUUGACUACCGACCCCAAGAGCAACACGCCCAAGAGUCUGGUUAUCGUCUCACCAGAUGGCGACAAGUCUGAGCUUGAAGCCGAUCUUGUCGUCAUAGCCGCGGGCCCUUGGACCGGCCGUCUCGCCGAGCAACUGCUUGGUGAAAAGGUUGGCGGACGUUUGGGCGUACAAGGCUCAAGGGCUCACAGUAUCAUUUUGAAAACCAAGGAAGAGCUGUCGGCUACGUGCCUGUUUACCAGUAUGACGAUGGAAGAUGGCUCGAUGGGCGAGCCAGAGGUUUAUGCUCGGCCAGAUGGAACUACAUACAUCUGCGGAGGCGGUGAUGACGAGCCUCUUCCAUCCUCCCCGGCUGACAUAUCUCCCUCCCGUUCGGCCAUCUCCAAAUUGCACAAGCAAUCACAAGCUCUUUCUCCCAUCUUCACUCCUGAACAAGGGGUUGAGAUCGUAUCCGAGCAGGCAUGCUACCUACCGAUAGCCGAUAGAGGGCGACCUCUGGUGGGUAAGGUAAGGGGAGUGGAAGGGGUCUUUGUUGGUUCUGGUCUGAGCUGUUGGGGUAUCACACAAGGUCCUGGUACGGGGAAGGUAUUGGCAGAGCUGAUACUAGAGGGCGAAGCCAAGUCUGCCGACAUCUCUAAACUUGCUCCUUGA